AUGUAUCCCGAGAGGCCACAGUUAGUUGCAGACUUGGUUCCGCUUCCGCAGGGCAAUGGUCCCAAGAUAAAAGCGUUUGACUUCCAAGGCCCCCAGCAGAUCCAGUUCUUAGACCAUCUAGGAUCAGGAAUACAUUCUAUUGUGUUCAAAGUGAAGAUCAGGAGUCAGAUCUAUGCUCUCAAACUUGCAAGUAUCACUUUACAUAACAAGACAGAGUACAAUCAAAGACUAACGACGCACCCGGACAACCGGGAUGAUCCGGACGCACUUGGAGCCUUCUACCCUUAUUCUGAGCCUUUCACCUGUGAAUGCCGUGCAUUUGGCCGACUUCAAGAGACAGGUUACGAAGAACUGGCAGUCAAAUGUUUCGGCUAUAUUCUGCUGGAUGAUGCACACGAAAGAACCAUGAUGAGUCAGUUCGCCUAUCUCCCCGCCCACAAACUCAGCUUCACCUGGGAUGGCUAUCAUGAUCAUGAUGAAGAGGAGUAUUACAAGGACCGCAAUCUUCGAGACAUGAGGACUCGUUUUCGUUGCAGCGAUGGUAGCCUCCCGCCAAUUCGAGGUAUCAUUAAGGAGUUCGGAGAGAGCAAAGUCUUGGAUUACAAAGGCGCCAAAAGCAUCCUCAGAGACAUCAAAUACGUACAACAACUCGGAAUUACGGACCUCGACCUUGCACACAGGCAGAUCAUCAAUGGUAAGCUGUCCGAUUUCAGCACAUCCAUUACGGUUCCUCACUUUGCCAGCAACCCAGAGUGGAAUUUACAUCUCUCACGAUCUUGCAGAUCAAAGAUCGACUUUGAACUCUUCGCCACCUGCUACAAGGAUUUUCGAGACUUUGAUAUAAUGAUACACGACUGGAACGAGGAUCACAAGGAUCAGAAGGACAAGCAAAUCAAUCUUAAAGCCCUGCCCGAAGGAUUUCCCCCUGAGCGCAGGCGGUUGAGAAACACUUCGGCCCAAAGGCGCCUCAACACUCAUGUCGAUCCGAGGAACUAUACAAGGUAUCUUCCAUACACUAACAGACAAGGACAGAUUGUCCGAAGAACAUUUCGCGCUCUUGCAAGGAAGCCAUCCCUGUGGUAUAUGGAGUGCUCAGCCGCCGCAGUACGCAGACUCAAAGAAACCGCGAGGAUUGAAUCUGGUCUUCAUUGGCAGUAUCAGAAUGAACAUAUCGUCCCCUUGGAUCAGGCUUAG